GUGAAGUUGCGGAGCGACAAUUACAGGGAAUUUCCUGGGUGAAGUGAGCGGAGGAGACGGCGGCGGAGUCUUGGAAGCCGUCCGGCCUCGCACACGUCAGUCUCGCUCUUCAGAUUUUAGGAUAAAUAUCCAUUAUACAAGUCACUAAAGAUGAUCUCUACUGGACCUUUGUGGACGGUUCUUGUCCUUUUCCAACUCUGGACUCCAGACUUGGUGGAAGCCUCCAGUCUUGUCCUGACCAACAAUGGCGUCCGCGUGGGCCGCGGUCAGUCUGUUUACAUCACCGAGAAGGACUUGAGCUUCAACAUUCCACAUGACGAAGAUUCCUGCAGAGUAGAAGUGGUUCUGAACGAGCCCCGAACCCAGAGAGUAGGGACCCUGUCUCCUCAGGGAUUUGACUGCCAUUUCCUCCCGGAUGAAGUUAAAUAUUCGCACAAUGGCUCCCCAAUACUGGACGAGGAUGAGGUGAUGAUGAGGGUGUACAGGUUUUCUGAUCAGGAGACCAUUGUGGAAAGUUUUCUCCUUGAAGUAAAAGUUAGUGAACCUACGGCUGGUAUUGUAUUGGUGCAAAACUCUCUAGAAGUUCCAGAGUUUUAUGGGAUCUCAUCCAAACCUUUGGAUAAGAACAUUCUGUCGUUCAAGACGAUCUCCGAGAGACCUGGGACGAGUUGUGUGGUCAGGACUCUGGUCUCAGACUUAAGUCUUCCCGGCUACGGGCAAGUCGUGAUAGAAGGAACAAAACGGGACAGUAGCCGAGUAUUGGGGUCUCCAGGGAACCUACGAGUGAGAAGCUACAGACAAGAGCGAUGUUCUGGGAAUCAGGCCUGCCAUCCCGGCUUCAAGGAGAUGAAGUCGCUGAAGACAAACUGUGAGGAUUUCUUGGAGAUGGGACUGAAGUACGAACAUCUGAGUCCUCCGUCUCCUGACGUGGAUUAUAUCCCUCUCCAGAUCCAGCAUCGUAGCCAGGACAACAGGAAACAGCUGCAGUCACAGAAUGUAUGGAUUCCUGUAAAGAUCUCUGGAGCCGUUCCCAACACCCCUCCCCGUGCUGCCUUCAUGCCAUCGUUUAUCUUGGAGAUUGACCAGUUUAUCCUGACACCGCUAACCACAGCCACUCUGGACGCCGAGGAUGAUGAGACUCCUAAGAACAAGCUGGUGUUUCGGAUCAGUAAGGCGCCACCACAGGGUUAUAUCACCCACCUGGAUGACCAAACCAAAACCAUCACAUCCUUCACGUGGCAGGAUCUCCAUGAAAUGAAAAUAUCCUAUCAGCCGCCGAGCACCCCCCACAUGGAGAGACGCAAUUAUGAGGUUGAAUUUCAAGCCGUCGAUGGUCAUUUCCUAACAAGUCCCCCUAUAAUGGUCCAUUUCUCCAUAAGGACUGCAGAGACAAAUGCUCCCAGAGUGUCUUGGAAUAUGGGUCUGAACUUACUGGAGGGUCAGUCGCGGCCAAUAACCUGGGAUGUGUUUCAGAUCGUGGAUAAUGAUAAUAUUCACGCUGUCCGGCUGGUCAUCGUUGACGGGUUACAUCACGGACGUCUCACGGUUAGAGGAUCGAAGGCUUUUACAUUGACAGUACAGGACAUCAAGGACGGCGCCGUCCGCUACCACCACGACGACAGCGACACGACCAAGGACCACAUCGUAUUCCGUAUUUUUGACGGCAAGCACACCAUACGCCACAAAUUUCCCAUAAACAUCCUCCCUAAGGACGACAGCCCGCCGUUCCUGGUCAACAACGUUGUGUUCGAAGCUGUCGAGGGCGGCGCCAUCGCCGUAGAGAGGGACAUGUUGAUGGCGUCGGACUUGGACUCCAGCGACGACCAUAUUCUUUACAAUAUCACGAGGCCACCUAAGGCCGGAGAGCUGGUGAAGAGAUAUUCUGCAGAAAGUCCAGGGGUUCCAGUAGAGACUUUCCUGCAGAGGGAUCUGUUCCGGGGACUGAUAUAUUACAGACACUUUGGGGGAGAAAUCUUCCAGGACACCUUUGAAUUUGUGUUAUCGGACAGUCACGACCCCCCAAACUAUUCGGAGAGACAGACAGUAGUCAUUCACAUCGCUCCGGUGAAGGAUCAGCUCCCUAAAGAAGAUGCAGGAACAAUAAGACAAAUAUCGUUGAGAGAGAACGAGAUCGGCCGGGUCACCAGGAAGAACCUCCAUUUUAUCGAUACGGAAUCUCCGGACAGCGAGCUCGUGUUCACCGUCACCUCCCCCUGCUACUCCGUCACAACCCCGGGAUUACAAGAUGCCGGAAAACUGAUUUUUGUUGACACCUCAAGUCUAUUAGAAAAGGAUCCAUCUAUUCCCAGCCUCAGCUCCUUCACUCAGAAAGCUGUGGACAAUCUGAAGGUGGCGUACAUGCCUCCCAUACAGGACAUUGGUCCUGACCCUCUUCAUGUCCAGUUUGAGUUUUCGGUCAGUGACCAGCAUGGCGGAUGGCUGAUAGGACUCAUAUUUAACAUAACCGUCCUUCCAGUGGAUGAUCAAGCGCCAAAGAUUUCCACCCACCCUGUGAGGACAGAGGAGGGGGCGAGCUGUCUGAUCACUGCAGAAAGUCUUAUCAUUUCUGAUGAGGACACAAAAAGUGAGAAUCUCCGAAUUAUCCUGAAAUCUGCCCCCCAGCAUGGAAAUGUGGAGCUUCAGGGAGUCCGAAUAAAUGAGGGGAGCAAGAUCACCGCGGAGGAGCUGCGAACAUUCAGAGUCCGGUACCAGCAUGAUGACUCCGAGUCACUGGAAGACACCAUGGUCUUUACGGUUACGGAUGGAAUUAACUCUGCGGAUGGAGAAUUGCAAGUUCAGAUCUCUCCUGUAAAUGAUGAAGCCCCCGAGCUGCGAUCUGGCCUGAAUCCCACCCUGGUGUGUCCGGAAGGAGGCCGCGUCUUCAUAACCGCUGAAAACCUGUACGCGACUGAUCCAGACGGCGAUGACAUGAGGCUCACGUACAUGAUCGCUCGUGUGCCGCUGUAUGGAAUGAUCCAGAGGGAGGGCGUGGUGGUGGAAAAAUUCACCCAGCUCGACGUCAUACGAGGGUUCGUUUCCUAUAGACAUACAGGAGGGGAGAUCGGAGCCUCGCCGCGAAUGGAUACGGUUACUUUGAUCGUGUCAGAUGGGGAAUCCGUCUCAGCCGACACCUGUUGCAUCGAGGGUCCUCCUCCCCCACCGAUCCCACUUCACGCCAGCCUCCCCGUCUAUGAUCUGAACAUCACCCUCUCGCCCGUCAAUAAUCAGCUGCCGGUGAUAAUCGUCGGUGACAUCUUUGUUGUGGAUGAAGGCUCCUCCUCCCCGAUAUCUGUAAAUCACGUGAACGCAUCGGACAUGGACACCUCGUCCGAUUCCUUAAUUUUCCACAUGGAGUCUCAGCCACAAAACGGAUAUCUGGAAAACACCAUACCCUCCCCGGGGUCCGAGAAGAGCCUCCCCGAGAGCAGAAUCACCUCGUUCAGUCUUCACCACAUGAGCUCCGGCUACAUCCGCUACGUCCAAUCACGUCAUCGACGCACCGAACCCACCGCGGAUUUCUUCAUGAUCUCGGUCACAGACUCCGUCCAUAGAUCCACGAUUGUCCCAUUCUACAUCGUCAUCAAACCCGUGAACGAUGAGGAACCCAGAAUGCUCGCCAGGAACAUGACGAUAAUGGAGGGGGGAAGCUGUGAGAUCGGCCCAGCGACAUUAAGUGCAGAAGACCUGGAUGUCCCCCCAGACGUCUUACGUUUCUCCAUCAUAGACCCCCCGGCACAUGGCUCCUUAUUACACAGCCUGCAGGAUACAGAUAUCCGUCCCUACCAGCAGCUCCAUCCCAUAGGGACGCACAGAGAGGUCCUCACGGACGCCUUCACCUUGGAUGCACUGAAGGAAGGAAUGACCAUUGUGUACACGCAUGAUGGCACAGAGACGCGGCACGACCGGUUUAUGGUGCAGCUGACAGAUGGCAAACACACAGUCCAGGAGACACUACAUGUUCACAUAACGCCAGUCAACGAUGAAAAGCCGCAGCUCAUCAGGAAUGGCGGACUGGAGGUGGACGCGGCCGAUAACAAAGUCGUCUCUGCUCUGGUCUUAGAGGCCGAGGAUGAAGAUUCCUCAAGAACAUCGCUGAUCUUCAUUAUUAACAACACCCCAACAUUCGGGGAGCUGAAGAAGAAGGUGACAUUGUUUUACUCACCAGCCCUGUAACUUUAACAGAGGGUGACAGGGUGACCUUGAUGACAGAUGUUCUUAUGGCAACAGAUGGUACGGGAAAACCAGAGAAGCUGCUGUACGCCGUUUCUGUGCCACCUGUUCAUGGUCAGAUUGAGUACAUCAAUUUUCCUGGCGUGCCCAUUUCCAGUUUCAGCCAGUUGGAUGUUGCGGCUCAGAAGGUUUGUUACGUCCACGACAACAGCCGUGAGGCUGACAAGGACUCAUUCAGUUUUACCGUGAGCAAUGGACUGAAGGCAAAAGAUGGGUCGUUACAGUUUGUCAUCUCACAGACGGACAGGAUUCCUCCAACUCUCCUAAAUAAUAUUGGGCUCCGGAUCUUGGAAGGAGACGCCAUUGUCAUUACCUCAGAUGUCCUGCAGAUUACGGACCCGGACAGCCCCCUGGAGAAGCUCACGUACACUAUUACGGAAUAUCCGCGGUACGGUCAGUUGUACCUGAGUGGCGCCGUUUUGCAGCAGAACCAUUUCACGCAGACUGAUAUUAAUAAUUUGCACCUGUCCUAUCGGCACUAUGGGGGACCAGGACAACUGGACCGCUUCUCGUUCACGGCCACGGAUGAUACCAACGUUGGGUUUUUGCUUCAUGGUCAGUUAAAGAAGGAUCCCGCAGUGUUUGUUAUACAGGUGAACCGUGUGGAUAAGACACCUCCAAAAAUACUGAACAAGGAGAAUCCGUCUAAUGUGGAGACCAUGAAAGACGGGAGAUCCGCCAUCCAGAUCACAUCCCGUAACCUGCGAGCCUCAGACCCCGACAGCGCAGACGAAGACCUUGUAUAUGUUCUUCUCAGAUCUCCACGAUACGGACACCUGGAAAAUGCAAAGACAGGAGAUCAUAUAGGACGAACAUUUACACAAAGAGAAAUAAACCAGAGGACGAUUCGCUACAUUAUAAACCCCCUGAAUGACGCCAAUUCAGAUAGUUUUGAAUUUGAAAUUUCUGAUCCAGCUGGGAAUAAGAUUACACCAGAAAGGCUUGAUCUGACAUGGUCUAUAUUAGAACUGGCGGAAUCACAUUACCGUAUUUGUGAGAACGCUGGGACUCUCGCAGUGAAAGUGAUUCGCCGGGGGAGCAGUAAGGAUCCGGCGUUUGUUGGAAUAAAGGUGCAGGAGAUUUCAGCCAGAUUGGGACAGGAUUUUACUCACACCAGCGCCAGUCUUCUGCAAUUUGAUCCAGGCGUUUCCACGAAAUCCUGGAAUAUUUAUGUGAAGAACGACGGUCUGGAGGAGAACCACGAAUUCCUUACAAUUAUUCUGAGGUCACCAAAGAACGGCGUCCUGGGCAAAAUCACUGAGGCCAAGGUGGAAAUAACGGAUCUGAGGCAAGGUCAAUGCCGGAGCCAAGAUCCCAAACCAGAACCGUUCUUGUAUCACGCCAUAGUCGGCGGCUCCCGGGGUCACCAGCUUAGUACCGAUGAAGGAAGACUAGCCACAUCUCCGAAGAUAACCCAGAUUCUACUGAGCAACCCCGACACAUCUGACCGCUUCCGAAACGGCGACCCCGCGGAUGCCCGGCCCAGACCACAGCGGCGGUUCCCUGGAAGCAGCAUUCUUUAUCAAGGGAUAACAUCGAAUGGAGCUGGACAGAGCCGGAGAGGAGACAUAUGGCUGGUCGGAGCCCCCCAUGACCUGACCAUCCGUGCUGAGCGCCCCCUGCAGGAUUCUGCAGUCACGGAUUCAGCGGACCAGAAAAUUAACAAAACAAAGAAGGAUGAGAAGCUGAGGAGAUGUCCUGCAGGGUGGAAGCUGCACCAGGAAUCCUGUUAUUACAUCAGCACCCAGCAGAAGUCCACCUGGGAGGGCGCGGAGCGGCGCUGUGCGCAAAUGGAGGGCGGCCAUUUAACUCGCGUGCCCUCAGAGGCCGUCAUGAAGUGGCUCUGGAAGUUUGCCGACAAAAAGCCAUUUUGGAUCGGGCUCAGACUGGGGGGGGAUCCCUCUAGCCAGCGGUGGACGGACGGACAGCCAUGGAUUUUCAGCAACUUCAAAAAGACUCCGUCUCCUCUUCCUGAAUCUGCGGAGACUUGUGUCCUGGUGGGGAGGAGGAGAGAAUGGCAGAGAAGCGGCUGCGACAAAAGACACCGAUACGUCUGCUUCUUCCCUGUAUAAGAUCCUUCACCCUCCUGGAGUCACAGCAGUGUGUCCCAUACAGUGAGCCUCCAGCUGUUGCAAAACUACAACUCCCACCAUGCUUGGACAGCCAACGGCCGGUGUUUCCCAACCAGGGAGCCUCCAGCUGUUGCAAAACAAAAACUCCCAGCAUGUCCAGACAGCCUUUGACCAGUGUUUUUCAACCAGUGUGCCUCCAGCUGUUGCAAAACUACAACUUCCAGCAUGCCCGGACAGCCAACAGCCAGUGUUUCCCAAUUAGGGUGCCUCCAGCUUUUGCAAAACUAAAACUUCCAACAUGCCCGGACAGCCAACAGUGUUUUCCAAUCAGUGUGCCUCCAGCUGUUGCAAAACUAAAACUCCCAGCGUGUCCAGACAGCCUUUGGCCAGUGUUUUCCAACCAGUGUGCCUCCAGCUGUUGCAAAGCUACAACUUCCAACAUGCCCGGACAGCCAACAGUGUUUUCCAAUCAGUGUGCCUCCAGCUGUUGCAAAACUAAAACUCCCAGCAUGUCCAGACAGCCUUUGGCCAGUGUUCUACAACCAGUGUGCCUCCAGCUGUUGCAAAACUACAACUUCCAGCAUGCCCGGACAGCCGUUGGCUGGGAGUUGUAGUUUUGCAACAGCUGGAGGUAUACUGAUUGGGGCACCGUGAUGAGAUGAUAAAAUACCUUCUUAUCAUCUCAUCAUAGUUCACAUUCAAUGGCGCUGCUCCCUGAUGCCCCCUGAUGGCGGGGGGGGGGGGGCAGUUUUAUGUCCUUUUAAUAGUAACACAACUUAUACACAGAAUAAAUACAUUAAAAAAAAAAACUGCAAGAAAGAGCAUAAGAUACAUUGUAGUCGCUAUGGGGUCCCUAAGUUGAGGGGCCCCGGCUCAGUGUUGCCCUAUC